UAAUCUCAAUCGAUCACUACGGUGCCAUGUCGGUAGCAACAAACCAGCAGCAAAGUGGCUUUGCUUUUGACAAAAACAGCUAAAAGUACUCUUUUUACAAAAAAGGCUGGCGCCCACAGCCCCCACUACUCUUCCUUUAUUGAGCUUAAGCUAUAAAAACCGCCACCUCUCUCGCCUCCCAAAACCAUAAACCUUCGCAACUGCCAGACCCCCAAAACCAUAACAAGAAAUAAGCAGCAUUUCUCUUUCAUUCCAGUAAUCUCUUUCUAAAAACUCUUCACAAUGAUCGCAAACCUAAUUCCCCUUUCCGCAACCUGCCUCGGAUCCUCGCCGUCUCCCCGCCGCAAGGCAGCGAUUCGCGCCACCGCCACCGCCGCUGCAGUGGCAACGAAGAAAGCGGGGAGCCUGUACGAGGUGCUGAGGGUGAGGCGAAACGCGUCGCCGACGGAGAUCAAGGCGGCGUACUGGAGCUUGGCGAAACUACACCACCCCGACGCCUCGCGCUCCGACGGCCGUGGUUUCAUCGAGAUCCACGAUGCCUAUGCCACGCUGUCCGAUCCCACGGCGAGGACGCUUUAUGAUUUGUCUUUGAGCGACGGACCGAUGAGCCGACAGUUUGGAUGCAGUCGGUCCGGAUUUUACUCGACCCGAAAGUGGGAAACGGACCAAUGUUGGUAGAAAGUCUUGUUCUUGCUUUUUUCUUUUUGAUGAUCCGAGUCUAACUUGUGUAAAUUCUGCUGCCAAUUAGGAGUAUCUUCUAUUGGAAAAUGAGUGAUAAAUAUCUCAUUUUGUUUUCUC